AUGAACAAGUCGAUAUUGUGGGCGUAUAAGAAAAAGCUUUUGGGGUUCACCUCCCAUAGACUCAACAGAGAGAAGAAGAUCCGGAAAGAUGUCAAGCGUGGUACAAGAGAGGCCAAUGAUUUGGACCCGUUCGAGGCGUUUUUGUCUAAUCAGCAGAUCCGGUACGUGUACUACAAAGAAACUGAAAAGAUUCUUGGUAACACAUACGGGAUGCUGGUAUUACAAGAUUUUGAUGGUUUGACCCCAAACUUGAUGGCUCGUACCAUCGAAACUGUCGAGGGUGGCGGUUUGGUUGUUAUGCUACUUAAAUCAAUGAAGUCUCUCAAGCAGUUAUACACUAUGACAAUGGAUGUCCAUUCCAGAUAUAGAACAGAGGCACAUGAUGACGUUGUCGCCAGAUUCAACGAGCGUUUCCUCUUGUCCCUUGCAGACUGUAAAAACUGCUUGGUGGUAGACGAUCAGUUGAAUGUUCUACCUAUUUCUGGUGCAAGACACGUCAAACGUCUACCUCCCAAGGAUGAGGACGAAGUCUCUCCUAAGGAACAAGAAUUGAAGGAAUUGAAGGAAGGGCUUGCAGAUACUCAGCCCGCGGGAUCCUUGGUAGCCCUAGCAAAGACCGUUAACCAGGCAGAGGCUAUCUUACGCUUCAUUGACGCAAUCGCAGAGAAAACCUUAGACUCCACCGUCGCCUUAACAGCAGGAAGAGGUCGUGGUAAGUCUGCCUCCUUGGGGAUUGCCAUUGCUGCUGCUGUUGCUCAGGACUAUUCUAACAUAUUCGUUACGUCUCCUUCGCCGGAAAAUUUGAAAACAUUGUUCGAGUUCAUCUUUAAAGGUUUUGACGCAAUGAACUAUGUUGAACAUCAAGACUACGACAUCAUCCAAUCAACGAAUCCUUCGUUCAACAAAGCAAUUGUAAGGGUGGAUAUCAAGCGGGCUGGCCACAGACAAACGAUUCAAUAUAUCUCACCAAAUGACAACCAAGUUCUUGGCCAAGCAGAAUUAUUAAUCAUUGAUGAAGCCGCAGCUAUCCCAUUACCACUUGUCAAAAAGCUUUUGGGACCAUAUUUAGUUUUUAUGGCAUCGACUAUUAAUGGUUAUGAAGGUACCGGUCGUUCUCUUUCAUUAAAAUUGAUUGAUCAAUUAAGAACUCAAUCUAAGAAUAUUAUCAAAAGUAAUACUGAAACUCAGGUUGUGUCUAGGAAAGAAGGAAACGAUGAUAAAGAUUUAGAGUCGAUCCGUAUUUCUGCACGUUCCUUGAUUGAAGUCACUUUGGAUGAACCAAUCAGAUAUGCACCAGGCGAUGCUGUGGAAUCUUGGUUAAACAAACUUCUUUGCCUUGACGCAAAACUUCCAAAGCAUACUAAAUACGCGACGCGUGGUUGUCCUCAUCCGUCCGAGUGCUCACUGUUUUACAUCAAUCGUGAUACAUUGUUUUCUUAUGACCCUGUUUCUGAAGCUUUCCUUCAACGCAUGAUGGCCUUAUUUGUUUCUUCACACUACAAAAACUCUCCAAACGAUUUGCAAUUGAUGUCCGAUGCACCUGCCCAUCAGUUAUAUGCUCUUUUCGGCCCUGAUGUUGGCAAAGAUGCCUCAAUCCCUAUUCCUUUAUGUGUUGUGCAAAUAGCUUUGGAAGGGGAAAUUUCGAAAGACAGCAUUCGUAGUAGUUUGAGUCGUGGAGUUCGUGCGGGUGGUGAUCUCAUCCCAUGGUUGAUCUCGCAACAAUUUCAAGAUGACGAUUUUGCUAGUUUGUCUGGUGCCAGAAUUGUUCGUAUUGCAACUCAUCCGGAUUAUACCCAUAUGGGUUAUGGUUCAAGAGCUAUUGAGCUUUUGACAGAUUACUUCGAGGGUAAGUUUGCCUCUCUUGAAGAGGUUUCAAGCACAUCAGCAGCCGACAAGUUUUCUAUUAAUCGUUUAACUGAUGCUGAACUUGAGGAAGCUGAUGGCUCUUUGCGUGAAGAUAUAAAGCCACGUAAAGAAGAUAGACUUCCUCCAUUAUUUGUGAACUUAGCUCAUAAGAGUCCGUAUUACUUGCAUUACCUGGGUGUCUCUUAUGGAUUAACUCAAAAAUUGCACAAAUUCUGGCGUCAAAAUGGUUACACUCCAGUUUAUUUGAGACAAACUGCAAAUGAUCUAACGGGUGAACAUACUUGUGUCAUGCUAAAAACAUUAGAUAACCGUGACGAUAAAUGGCUCAGAGCUUUUACAAAAGAUUUCCAUAAGAGGUUCAUAAACUUGUUAAGCUACAGUUUCAGCAAUUUUCCUGCAGUUCAAGCUUUAAGUGUGUUGGAGUCAUCUAGAAUUGAUGGUAAUAACCAACAAGAUUUUGUGUUUAACAAGUUGGAAUUAGACAAAGCACUCACUCCAUUUGACUUAAAACGUUUGGAAUCUUAUGCAAAUAAUUUGGUUGAUUACCAUGUUAUUUUGGACUUACUUCCAUAUAUUGCUUUACAAUACUUCAAUGACAAAAUCAGAAAUGAAGUCUCUCUAUCUCAUGUUCAAAGUGCUAUUUUGUUGUCUAUUGGUUUACAACACAAAGCACUCGAAAAUAUUUCCAAGGAACUGAACAUUGAAACCAAUCAAUCACUUGCGAUGUUUGCAAAGAUCAUUCGUAAAGUCUCGCAACAUUUCCGUUCCUUAGUCAAAGAAUCUUUCGCUGAAGAAUUACCGGAAAUAAUCGACGAUGAAAUGAAAGAGUUAAACGGUGAAGAGGUCGCCACCAUUAACGACGUUGAAGAGAUGGAGAAAGAGUUAGAGGCCGAUCUUGAAGCUGCUGGUACAGAAGCUUUGGAAGUCAUCAGAGCGCGUAAAGAGAAACAGAAGGAACUAAUCAACAACUUGAACUUGGAUAAAUAUAAAAUUACUGAUGUUGCUGAAUGGAAAGCGGAUAAAAAAGCAAUCAGUCGUGCCAUAAAAAACAACGCUACGGUCAGUUUGAAGAAGGGCACCAAAAGAAAACCUGCAGAAACUGCAACUGACAUAUAUGACAGCGAAAUGAAAGCUUUAGCUAAGGAGAAAACUAAGUCCAGUAAGGGUAAAAAGUCUAAAAAAUGA